GCUUACAGCGCACAACCGGAGCGCGGCACGGACACAGCGGAACUCGCAGCCGCCUAACCGGGGCACGCCGGACACUCACCGGAGCCUGACCGGCGCACCGACCGGAGCCGCCCCGUGAUGCCGCCGGCGCUAACGGCGUGACCCCGCAGCCUUGUGGCGGCGCGGCGGCCCCCGCGGCCCCGGGGCCAUGUUCCAGGGGUUCCCCGGGGAUUACGACUCGGGCUCCCGGUGCAGCUCGUCGCCCUCGGCCGAGUCCCAGUACCUGUCGCCGCUCGACUCCUUCGGGAGCCCCGCGGCCGCCGCCGGGGCCGCGCAGGAGUGCAGCGCCCUGGGGGACAUGCCCGGCUCCUUCGUGCCCACGGUCACGGCCAUCACCACCAGCCAGGACCUGCAGUGGCUGGUGCAGCCCACGCUCAUCUCCUCGGUGGCCCCGGGGGCCGCCAUGGCGCAGCCGCCCCCGCCGCCCCCCGCCCUGGACCCCUACGAGCUGCCCGGGCCGAGCUACGGCGGCCCCGGCAUGGGCGGCAGCGGCGGCGGCGGCUUCGGGGCGGCACCGGGAGCGGCACCGGGAGCGGCACCGGGAGCGGCCCCGGGAGGCAGAGCCCCGCGGGCACGGGCGCGGCGGGGCCGCGAGGAGACGCUGACCCCCGAGGAGGAGGAGAAGCGCCGCGUGCGGCGGGAGCGGAACAAACUGGCGGCGGCCAAAUGUCGCAACCGGCGCCGCGAGCUGACGGACCGGCUGCAGGCGGAGACGGACCAGCUGGAGGAGGAGAAGGCCGAGCUGGAGUCGGAGAUCGCGGAGCUGCGCAAGGAGAAGGAGCGCCUGGAGUUCGUGCUGGUGGCGCACGCCCCGGCCUGCAAGGUCCCCUUCGAGGACAUCGGCGCCGCCGCCAUGGCCGUGCCCGCCGCCGCCGCCGCCGCCGCGCCCGUCGCCUCCGAGGUGAGCAGCCCCGGCGAGGCCCCGCCGCCGCCGCCGCCGCCGCCGCCGCCGCUGCCGUGGUUCCUCGUGCCGCAGGGUCCCGUGCCCGGCGCCCGCUGCUGGGGAGCCCCUAACGCGGCGCCCCCCGCGUGUCACUUUGUCACCUCCUCCUCCUCCUCGGACCGCCUGAGCUCCCCCCUCGCUCCUCGCGUUGUGAACGGGACAGGUGGCGCUUUGUCACCUCCGUGUGGCCCCUUUGUCACCUCCAGGCGACACCUCCAGUUCCGGCAGUGA